AUGGGUGGUCGAGCAAUCGCCGCCAGAACGAAGUAGUCACAUUCCAGUAAUGUGAACAUUCGUUCAGGCAUCAAGGCGAAUGCUCACUAUGCUACUCAUAGAAAAAUUACAUUUUUCUCACUACACCUGAAACAAGCAAGAUUACCCGCUGAACUUAAGCAUAUCAGUAAGCGGAGGAAAAGAAACUAACUAGGAUAGCCCCAGUAAUGGCGAAUGAACAGGCUAAAGCUCAAAGUGAAAAUCUGA